CGGAAGGGGCGGGCCCGCCGGGAGCCAGGCCGCGCGGCGCCGCGCCGGCCGGGAGGGGGCCGGAGUCCGGACCAUGGCGGCGGCGGCGGCUGGUACCGAGGGGCGGCGUGCGGCCCUGGAGGCGGCGGCGGCGGCGGCACCCGAGCGGGGCGGAGGGAGCUGCGUGCUGUGCUGCGGCGAACUGGAGGCCACGGCGCUGGGCCGCUGCGACCACCCGGUGUGCUACCGCUGCUCCACCAAGAUGCGGGUGCUCUGUGAGCAGCGCUACUGCGCCGUGUGCCGGGAGGAGCUGCGCCAGGUGGUCUUUGGGAAGAAGCUUCCUGCCUUCGCCACCAUUCCUAUCCACCAGCUGCAGUAUGAGAAGAAAUACGAUAUCUACUUUGCAGAUGGAAAGGUGUAUGCAUUGUAUAGGCAGCUGCUGCAGCAUGAGUGCCCGCGGUGCCCCGAGCUGCCGCCCUUCAGCCUCUUCGGGGACCUGGAGCAGCACAUGCGGAAGCAGCAUGAGCUCUUCUGCUGCCGGCUGUGCCUCCAGCACCUCCAGAUCUUCACAUACGAGCGCAAGUGGUACUCCCGAAAGGACCUGGCCCGGCAUCGCAUGCAGGGGGACCCCGACGACACGUCGCACCGCGGGCACCCGCUCUGCAAGUUCUGCGACGAGCGCUACCUGGACAACGACGAGCUGCUCAAGCACCUGCGCCGCGACCACUACUUCUGCCACUUCUGCGACUCCGACGGCGCCCAGGACUACUACAGCGACUACGCCUACCUGCGCGAGCACUUCCGCGAGAAGCACUUCCUGUGUGAGGAGGGCCGCUGCAGCACAGAGCAGUUCACUCACGCCUUCCGCACGGAGAUCGACCUCAAGGCCCACAGGACGGCCUGCCACAGCCGCAGCCGUGCCGAGGCGCGCCAGAACCGCCAGAUCGACCUGCAGUUCAGCUAUGCGCCUCGGCACUCGCGUCGGAACGAGGGGGUCGUCGGUGGCGAGGACUACGAGGAAGUGGACAGGUACAGCCGCCAGGGCCGAGCGGCCCGGGCUGGCACCCGUGGAGCCCAGCAGAGCCGCCGAGGAAGCUGGAGGUACAAAAGGGAAGAAGAGGACCGGGAAGUGGCAGCUGCAGUCCGGGCCUCUGUGGCCGCGCAGCAGCAGGAGGAAGCACGCAGGAGCGAGGACCGGGAGGAAGGUGGCCGGCUCAAGAAGGAGGAGGCAGCGGUUCGGGGUCCCGAGGAGCCCCGUGGGCCCCGGCACCCACUCCGGACUCCAGGCGAAGGCCCAGGCCCCAAGGAAACCUCGACAAACGGUCCUGUAAGCCAAGAGACCUUCCCGGUGACAGGCCCAGCCACCGCAGGCCCCCUCCCACCACCCAGCCCAAAGCUCAAGGACGAAGACUUCCCCAGCCUGUCCGCCUCCACUUCCUCCUCCUGCUCCACUGCAGCAACCCUGGCCUCUGUGGGGUUGGCGCUGCCAUAUGCCAUCCCUGCCAGGAGCAGGAGUGCCUUCCAGGAGGAGGACUUCCCCGCCCUGGUGUCCUCAGCGCCCAAGCCUGGCACCACCCCCACCAGCCUUGUUUCUGCCUGGAACAGCAGCAGCAGCAAGAAGGUAGUGCAGCCCCCACCCUCAGCACAGGCUGCCAGCAGCGGCCAACCCCCCAGGAAGGCUGGGAAGGGGAACAGGGGCGGCAGGAAGGGCGGCCUGCCCCUUACAGAGGAGGAGGACGGUGGCAGCCCGGCCGCACAGGAGCCUCGAGGCACACGCCCCAUGGGCUCCAUCUCCGCGCUGCGGCCAGCCUCCACUCAGCCCUCUAAGGUUGGCAAGAAGAAGAAAGUGGGUUCGGAAAAGCCCAGCACUGCCUUGCCACAGCCCCCGCCUCCUAGCUGUCCCCCAGGGCCUGCACAGGCCCCGGAAGCUCCUGCCACCGGAGCCGAGGGGCCAGUUGCCAUCGUCGUUAAUGGACACACAGAGGGCCCAACCCCAGCUCGGAGUGUCCCCAAGGAACCGCCAGGGCUCCCGAGGCCCCUGGGUUCCUUCCCUUGCCCACAGGAAGACUUCCCAGCGCUUGGUGGCCCCUGCCCGCCCCGGAUGCCACCACCCCCAGGCUUCAGUGCUGUGGUGCUCCUGAAGAGCACGCCUCCCCCACCCCCGCCAGGCCUGGUGCCCCCUGUCAGCAAGCCGCCACCCGGCUUCUCUGGCCUCCUGCCUAGCCCCCACCCGGCCUGUGUCCCCAGCCCCGCCGCCGCCACCACCACGAAAGCACCCAGGCCAACGCCUGCUCCGCGGGCCUACCUAGUCCCCGAGAACUUCCGGGAGAGGAACCUGCAGCUCAUCCAGUCCAUCAGGGACUUCUUGCAGAGUGAUGAGGCCCGAUUCAGCGAGUUCAAGAGCCACUCAGGGGAGUUCAGACAGGGCCUGAUCUCCGCAGCCCAGUAUUACAAGAGUUGCCGGGACCUGCUGGGGGAGAAUUUCCAGAAGGUCUUCAAUGAGCUGCUAGUCCUGCUGCCUGACACGGCCAAGCAGCAGGAGCUUCUGUCUGCACACAUGGACUUCUGCAGCCGCGAGAAGCCUCCCAGCACCAAGUCCAAAAAGAACAAGAAGAGCGCGUGGCAAGCCACCACCCAGCAGACGGGCCUGGACUGCCGUGUGUGCCCCACGUGCCAGCAGGUGCUUGCGCACGGGGACGUCAGCAGCCACCAGGAGCUGCAUGCUGUCCGGGACGAUGACUUCCCCUCCCUGCAAGCCAUCGCCAGGAUCAUCACGUAGCUCCCUCUAGCGUGGCCGGAGCUACUGCACCGCGAACGUCCUUCCUCCUUCCAUCCUCUCCGGGCUGCCAGGCAGCCAGGUAAGGCAGUGGUGAGGCUGCCUGCUCCGGCCUCUUGGUUGGCCAGGCCCACCAGGGAAUUGCCAGGAUGGUCCACCCACCCUGGUGGCAGAUGGAAGUCCACCCCUGCCUCCCUGGUGGGCCAGUCUUGGCCUGCAUUCUUGUGCUUUUGGGAGGCGCCAGGGGAGGGAAGGCCUGCUGCUGCUGUCAGAGCCAGAGGCCGUGGUGGCCUGAUCCAGGCCCUCCUGAAGCUACGGCUGCACUGGUGCCAGAGUCAGAUGUCACAGAUGUGUGUUGUAUAAACAGUUGGCUGUUUCGUAUUUCAAGAAUGUUAGGGAUUAAAAGCAGACACGAAAUUGUGCUACUUGAAGUUGAAUCUUUUUAUGAGACAAGCUGAAUCUGGCAUCUCAAAUUGCCUCUGACCUUUUAUAAGACAGUUUAUCUUCAAAUAAAUUUAUUUUGCAAUACUGCACAUAA